AUGUCUAUCAGAAACGCUUCUAUUCGUAUGGCCCGUAUGGCCUCCAACAAUGCUGCUAAGCAAGUUGCUUCCAAGAGAGCUUUAUCAGCUUUAGCUAAUGCUGCUCGUCCAGUUGUUGCCAGAAAGUCAAUUGCUCCAGCUGCUGCCCGUGGUGUUAAGACCAUCAACUUCGGUGGUAUGGAUGAAAUUGUCCACGAACGUGCUGACUGGCCAAGAGAAAAGUUAUUAGAGUACUUCAAGAACGAUACUUUAGCUUUAAUUGGUUACGGUUCCCAAGGUUACGGUCAAGGUUUAAACUUGAGAGACAAUGGUUUAAACGUUAUCAUUGGUGUUAGAAAGGAUGGUGCUUCAUGGAAGGCUGCCAUCGAAGAUGGAUGGGUUCCAGGUGAAAACUUAUUCGAUGUCAACGAAGCUAUCGGUAAGGGUACUUACAUCAUGAACUUGUUAUCUGAUGCUGCUCAAUCUGAAACUUGGGAAUCUAUCAAGCCACAACUUACUGAAGGUAAGACCUUAUACUUUUCCCACGGUUUCUCUCCAGUUUUCAAGGAAUUAACCCACGUUGAACCACCAACCAACAUUGACGUUAUCUUAGCUGCUCCAAAGGGUUCCGGUAGAACUGUCAGAACCUUAUUUAAGGAAGGUAGAGGUAUCAACUCUUCUUACGCUGUCUGGAACGAUGUUACCGGUAAGGCCGAAGAAAAGGCUAUCGCUUUAGCUGUUGCCAUUGGUUCUGGUUACGUUUACCAAACCACCUUCGAAAGAGAAGUCAACUCCGAUUUAUACGGUGAAAGAGGUUGUUUAAUGGGUGGUAUCCACGGUAUGUUCUUAGCCCAAUACGAAGUCUUAAGAGAAAAUGGCCACACCCCAUCUGAAGCUUUCAACGAAACUGUUGAAGAAGCCACUCAAUCCUUAUACCCAUUGAUCGGUAAAUACGGUAUGGACUACAUGUACGAUGCUUGUUCUACCACCGCCAGAAGAGGUGCUUUAGACUGGUACCCAAGAUUCAAGGAUGCCUUGAAGCCAGUUUUCAACGACUUGUACGAAUCUGUUAAGAACGGUACCGAAACCCAAAGAUCUCUUGAUUUCAACUCUCAAUCUGACUACCGUGCUAGAUUAGAAGAAGAAUUAGAAACCAUCAGAAGCAUGGAAAUCUGGAGAGUCGGUAAGGAAGUUAGAAAAUUACGUCCAGAAAACCAAUAG